AUGAGCACACGUUCAUUCUUUUCAGAAACCAAUAGGCCAUCUCAUUUAAAUCCCCUGCCACUUCGAGAAAAAGGAAACCGGAACCUUCCGUUUUUCCUCGCUAUAAGACGCAGAGUCUUCCCUGUUUUCUUCAUGAAAAGGGAGAUGAAAGGAAUAGAGAGGAAGCUUAGAGUGGGCGAGUUGGCGAUGAGACUGGCGACGUUUGGUUUUGCGGUGACAGCUUCUGCUCUUGUUGGAAGCGAUAGAGAAGUGAAGAUGUUCUUUUCUUUGGAGAAAAGGGCUAAGUUUACAAACUUGAAGGUUUUGGUGUUUUUGGUGGCGGCUAAUGGGAUAUCAGCUGGGUAUAACUUGCUGCAGUUGGUGCGGUGCUUUGUGAGGAUGAUGACGGGAGGUGUUUUGUUUGGAAAGGGCUUUGCUUUUGUUGUGUUUUCCUGUGAUCAGAUUAUAGCUUAUGUGGCUUUAUCGGCAAUGGCAGCAGCAGCUCAGGCUGCUUUUCUAGCACUAUUUGGCCAGCAGGAGCUUCACUGGAUGAAUAUAUGCAACGUCUACAGUAGGUUUUGUAGACAGGCAGGGGAGGGAAUAGCCUGUGCUUUUAUAGCUUGCUUGGCCAUGAUAAUCAUUUCCUGCAUCUCUGCUUUCAACUUCUUCAGGCUUUAUGGAAGUAAUAAAGGCCGUAAGAACAGCCAUGGGAGGUGAUAGUUCUUUCUGUCAGUUUCUGAGCUGAAAGUCUCAUUUUAUAGCCUUUUUUAUUUGUCUUACUUUUAAUAAAUUCCUGUUUUUUAUGGUAAAUUAAACCUGAUGCUUGCUUUAAUUAUCGCGUUGAAUUGAUUGUAAUCUAGUUAGAGAUGAAAAAUGUUAAUUGUGUAUGAAAACAAAGAUGAAAAGCUGGUUUGUAAUCUACGUUACGGUUUCGUU